AUGUCGCCGAAAUCAAUUGCUGCAUACCAUCUCUCCUGCACGAGUACGGCCUUCUCCAACCCGACGGAUACCGGCGAAGGUCAACCAGCGACGUUGCCCACGGAGAAGGGGCUGAAGCCUAUGACCGAUUUGAAGCGGUCACUGGGUGAUAAGAGCAGAGCACCUCCGAAUCAUACACUGGUGAAGGCUUUCCAGCUGUUCUUCACGUCACGCGUUGAGACCCCAGCGGUCAUCAACCUGUUCCAAGCCCGGUUGCUGUCCAUCACAUGGAAGCAUUUGAAGGCCCAGCAAAGCGAGCUGGAGGAGAGCGAAUGGCAAGAUGUAUUCUCCGUGGAGAACCUAGAAAGGAUGCUAUUUGUUCUCUCCGAGGCACAAUGUCUUCCUGAGGCACGCGACACCAUCCUCAAGUUAGCACGUUUUGCCUAUCUGGAGCUCUGUGCCGAUCACGGAUUUGGUCCCAACUCCAUCAGUCGACCCGCACUUUUGAUCUAUAUUGAUUUGAUGGCAUCAAAUGGAAACCCUGAAGAGGCUCGUCAUGUCAUUAUGAAGUUUGGGGGUCAAUUCCGCGGAGCAAAGCCUUCGCCCUGGCUCAGUGUCCUGAAGGGGUUCGCUUUGAAGGACGACCGACGCCAGCUACGAAAGGUCGCCCAAGAAUUGGAGAAAUUCGGUGUUAAAUUUGAUCAAGCUUCGCAUGAGGAGCUCACUAAGUUAUUGAUUGCUCAGGAUCUCCCCACUGCAGUUCAAACAGUAUAUGAGUGUCCGAUCGCUGGAAAUUUGGAGCCUUCGGUUGCCGCGAAGAUUGCUGCCAUUCAGUAUGCGAUCCUCCACUCUGAGGUCUCGUGGGCCAAGCCUAUUUACGAAUCUCUUGCGCAGGAUCUCAGCGCGGAGACCGUCGGUAUCACUCUUCUUUGGGACGCAGCGCAGGGCAGUAGCGCGUCGUCACUUGCGGAGAAGGUCAAGUCUUGGGCCGGGACCAACCAAUCACUGAAGGAAGCCCUUACUAUUGCCAAUGUGAACAGCCUUAUCCAAUAUGCAAACUCUUUGCCAAACCCGCAGCUGGCUACCGAGUACGCUAAAUUGGCUGAGCAGUGGGGUCUCACCCCGGAUGAAGAGACAAAUAUGCUGCUGUUGGAGUCGUCUGUCCAGGCCGGUAAUGUGGAGCAGACGCUUGCAAUUCUGGAGGACCGGAUUGAUCCCAGCGUUCUAGCCAGUGACCACUUACCCCUGGCUAAUAGGCUCAUCACUAUGCUAUGCUUAUCUGAGCAGAAAGAUGAUUUGUUCCAACAGAUCUCGUCUCUCCUCGACCCGCUUUUCCAGGAGAAUGUGUCGCUAAGUGCAAAGACCAUCGCUGCAUUGACGCGCAUGCUGCUUUAUCGUCACGACUGGGAGGCUGUCUCUGAACUCCUUCGCCCCCGGUUGGGAAGCUUAGAUGGCGAAGGCAAAGGCAUGGUCCGUACCGCACUGACUGAUUACAUUAUGGACAUGAGUCAGACAGACGCGAAUGUGUGGGAGGUUUAUCAACUCCUCAAACUCGCCUUCUCCGAGACAGGUGUCAGCGUACGCACUGAGCUCAUGAGCUCUUUCUUUGAACGAAAGCGUAGUGAUCUGGCAUUCUUGGUCUUUGGACACAUGCGCCAGGCCGAGGACCUGAGUCGCCGUCCUAAACCUGACACGUAUGCUCGAUGCUUCCAAGGCUUGGCCCGCACGGCCGACGCGGCCAACUUGGAGCUGGUUCACAACAUGCUCAAACUUGAUCUGGAGGUGGAACUCAACACACGAAUUUUGAACGGCCUCAUGCUAGCCUACGCAGCGUGUGAGAUGCCCGAUAAGAGUAUGGGGAUUUUCCGACAGAUCCUGCAAUCAGAGGAAGGACCAUCGCAGAAGACCAUUGCGAUAUUCUUUAAAAUGUGCGAGAAGCACCACAAUGGCGUGCAGGAAGCGAUCAAAAUGAUGGCAAAGGUGAAAAAGCUAGAGAUUACGAUCGACCGCCGACUGUACACAGCUUACAUGGAAGCUGUCGCUUCUCAAUGCGAAUUUGAUAUGGCGACUGAAGCCAUCGACAAUAUGCAAGCUGAAAUUGGAGUGGCCCCAACAAGUACUACUCUUGGAUUGUUCUAUAAUGCAAUUCCAUACCAAUACUGGAAGGAUGAGGUCGAAAAGUGGGCGCGCGAGAAAUACCCAGAGCAGUGGACACACCUAGCUGAAACGUCCCGAACUGAGCACGAGGAAGGGCUCAAGUUUGAUGGCAUCACGAAUGAGGUGUGGGUUUAG